AUGGAGUCUACCGAUGCAGAUUACUUAGUAUCUCCAGCGUCCAUCCUCGUGGCCUUGGUGACAAUUAUCUUUCUACUCCACCGAACAUGGCCUCAUUUAUCUCAACCUAAACCAGAGAAACUCACCGAAUCUAUUGCAAUAACCUCUUCAAACAAUUCAGACUUGUCCGUUUCCAAAGAACCCGAAAUCCCAGAGGGAUGGUGGACCGGUCGGGAAGUCUUCGAGCUUGAACGGCGCGCACUCUUCAGCCAAACAUGGCUCUACCUUGCCCAUAGCUCCCAGUUCCACAAGCCUGGCUCGUAUCAAUCAUUUGACGUUGCCGGGUUCCCGGUCUUUCUCAUUCGCGGCAAAGACGACAAGAUCCGCGCAUUUCAUAAUAUCUGUCGUCAUCGUGCCUAUACUAUUACCAGAAAAGAGACUGGUGCCUCCACUGUUCUUGGUUGUCGGUAUCAUGGCUGGAGCUAUGAUACCACUGGUCGGCUGGUGAAGGCUCCUCAGUUUGAUGAUGUCCCUGGGUUUGAUAAGUCGCAGAAUAGUCUGUUUGAGGUUCAUACACAUACCACUGAUCAAGGGAUGAUUUUUGUGAAUCUCAAUUCUGGUGAGCCGGCUACACUUGACAGUGCGGUGGCUUCGAGUUUGAGUGGAUUUGCGCGCAUAGCUGGUCUCGAAGCGAAAUCCACUUGGGUUGCUGGUCAGACUUUGUCGGGAGACUUCAAUUGGAAGGUUGGAGCACGAUCUCGUCACCUCGAUGCCUAUACCAGCGAGUUACAUCCCAGAUUGUCUGAACUAUCGGGGCGCUCGCCUGUCAUGAAGCUUAUCAGGUCUAUUACGCGAAAGAGCGCCCUGGAAGAGUGUUCCUUGUUUCCAAUUACACUUAUGUAUUCGCUUCAGGAUGCGGAUUUAUGCCUCACCCUUUCCUUCAUUCCCGCCUCUGAGUCGAAGACGCAUAUUCGCUACGACCUCUUCGCCCGCUCCGCUGUCAAUGAACCGGAAAUUCAGCAAAUGUCCGAAGAACUAGAAAGCGCGACAAAGAAUUUGAUUGGAAAGAUUGAGCUUGAAUAUCAGUAUAUCUCAACCAAGCAAGGGUCUUCGGGCGAGUUAAAUCACACAAACACCCCUCAAAUUUUGAGUCGACUCCAGGAGCACGCAAAGCUCGAACGGAUCGAAGGAGCUCAGAUCCUCCCGGCCAUGCACAAGCCAGAAGGGAGCACUCUGUUCCAAAAAGCAGACCAACUCUGCAAAGAGCUGGAUUGUGCUAGCGGUGGGUCGCAGAACGGUACUUCACCAAGUGCACUUGACUGGUAG